AUGCCAUCAAAUACCCAAGUCCCGAUCGUCCCGCCGACCAUGCGCGCUUGGGUGCGCUCGCGACGCGGGCCAGCGAACACAACGCUCAAGCUAGUUUCAGACCAUCCCACGCCCGCGAUACCCGCAGCCUCAUCAUCCGACGUCCUGAUACGCGUGUCGCAUGUGUCAUUGCAGUUCAGUACUGAAAUGACGAUGAAGAUACUGCCAAGCCUGCCCUUCAACAGUCCAUGGGUGCCGGAGAUUGAGCUUUCUGGUGAGGUGGUGGCGGCUGGUGAUGACGCGCCGGCAGAGAUGCGCAAUGCGGGCUCGCAUGUCGUCGCGUUUGAGAGUGUUCCUAGCGCCAUAUUCAUGGGCAGGGGCGUUCUGGCGGAAUACGUGCGAAUACCCGCUUGCCAAGUCGCACACAUCGACGCCGGUGUUGAUAUGGCAUCGGCCUCGGGGAUUAGCGGGUCCGGCAGCGUCGCGCUCAGGAUGAUCCGUACAGCCGGUGUGCGCGAGGGUCACUCCGUGCUCGUCAAUGGGGCUAGUGGAUCGGUCGGUUCGUUGCUUGUGCAGCUGUGCAAGUUGCGUGGUGCAAAGGUGGUCGGUAUAGCCAGUGGGGGUAACGAGUCCCUGGUUCGUGACCUGGGCGUAGAUGAGUUCAUUGACUAUCGUAGGCAUGAUAAUCUGCCGGCUUAUUUAGCGCAUCAAUAUGGUGAUAGGCCGUUUGACUUCUUGCUCGACUGUGUCGGCACGCAGGCGCUUUUUGUGAAUUCGCCAGCUUACCUUGAGGUAGACGGAGCCGUGAUCAAUAUCGGCGUGUUCGAGGGUGUGUUUGCGUCGGCUCGCAAUGCAUUGUUUAAUAAAUGGCUGCCGACAUGGCUUGGGGGCGUUCCUCGUCGUUAUAUCAUUUUCAGCACACCACCCGCGUGCGAUGAUGUGAUAUACCUGGCUCGUCUUGUUGAGGAGGGUCAAUUGCGUAUUCCUGUCGACUCCGUAUUCAAUAUGGAGGACGCUGUAGGUGCUUACGAACGCAUCGCCACCAAGCGUGCGCGUGGCAAGGUUGUGGUCAAAAUACACGGCGGCUAG